GUUGUCGUGGUAACGGUAACGGUUGCUGGGCGUCGUCGGAACUUAUCUCCCUUGUCUGAGAGGCCGCCUUGGCGAGACCAGCAGGUUUGAAGAAGAGUCACUGUACUGCCAGCGGUAAUUGACCUUGAGCAGCUGGAAGAGGUCACACUGCUCUACACAAUGGGGAUGGGACAACACGUGCAGAACCCAGGACACCACGUUACAUUUGUCAUGUCUCCUUAGGCUCCUCUUGGCUGUGACAGUUUCUCAGACCUUCCUUAUUUGUGAUGACCUUGACAGUUUUGAGGAGUCCUGGUCAGGAGGCUCCCAGCUUUCUGGUUGGCUGAGAAAACUGGCCUGUCUGGUCCGGUUCGGCUGCACUCCACACCCCCCCACCCCCACCCCACCGCCGUGCGCGGGCCGGCAGAGAACAGCUGACUCCAGCCGCUGCUCAUGUGACCGUCGCAGCUCCCAGUCCCAGGCCAGGGUGGACACUUUCAGGGGCUCCUUCUGGGAGGGGUACCAGCAGCGUGCCGCCGGGCGUGGAAGGAUUAAUCAGUGACAGGAAGCUGCCUCUUUCGGAGCAGUGACUGCUGUGGUCAGGAGAGCCUCCGCCAGCCCAGCCCUAGGAAUCUGUCCUGCUCCCCGCCUGCUGCUUACCCCUGCUCCUGCCAUGGGGUGCCUUGGGGCCCUCCUCUUCCUGCUUGGGGGCCUGGGAGCUCUUGCCCAGAUCUGCGAAAUAACAGAGGUGGACAGCACGCUGGUGGAGAGGCUGGGCCAGCGCCUCUUGCCCUGGAUGGACCGGCUCUCCCCGGAGCAGCUGAACCCCAGUAUCUACGUGGGCCUGCGCCUCUCCAGCCUGCAGGCUGGGGCCAAGGAGGCCCACUACCUGCACAGCCUCAAGCUCAGCUACCAGCAGAGCCUCCUGAGCAAUGACAACAGUGACUCCGAGGCCAAGCCCUCCAUGGGCCAGCUGGCCCUCUACCUGCUUGCUCUCCGGGCCAACUGCGAGUUUGUCGGAGGCCGCAAGGGGGGCAGGCUGGUCUCACAGCUGAAGCGGUUCCUGGAGGACGAGAAGGGGGCCAUUGGGCAUAAUCACCAGGGCCACCCUCACACCAGCUACUACCAGUACGGCCUGGGCAUCCUGGCCCUGUGUGUCCACCAGAAGCGGGUCCAUGACAGCGUGGUGGGCAAGCUCCUGUAUGCUGUGGAAUACGAACAGCAUCUCCAGCAGGACCACUUCCCUGUGGACACACUGGCCAUGGCGGGCUUGGCCUUCUCCUGUCUGGAGCUAUCCAACCUCAACCCCAAUCAGAGAAACCGGAUCACUGUGGCCCUCGGGAGAGUACAAGAGAAGAUCCUGAAGGCCCAGACCCCAGAGGGCCACUUUGGGAAUGUCUACAGCACCCCUCUGGCACUGCAGUUGCUGAUGGCCUCCCUUAGACCCACGGUGGAGCUGGGCACAGCAUGCCGCAAGGCCAAGGCUGCUCUGUUGGCCAGCCUACAGCACAAGGCCUUCCAGAACCCUCUCGUGAUUUCUCAGCUGCUGCCCAUCCUGAACCAGAGGAGCUAUGUGGACCUCAUCUCCCCAGACUGUCAGGCACCAAGAGUGUCUUCCAGGGAAGAAAGGAGGACUAAGGCCUGGCCCCCUGCCCUCAGACCAGCUGCCCCUUCCCCUCUCCCUGGCACAGUCCUGUUGGAACCAGCUACGGAGACCCCUUCACAGACCCAAGUCCCAGAGCUCAUCCAUGUCACGCUGAAGGUCUCCAGCAUCUUUCCUUCGUACAGACACUCCGUCUCUGUCCCUGUCGGCUCCUCUUUGGAAGAUGUCCUGAAGAAGGCCCAGGAGCACAGCAGGUUCAGGUAUGGAACACAGGCCUCCUUAUCAGGCCCCUACCUGACCUCCGUGAUGGGGAAGAAAGCUGGGGAACGUGAGUUCUGGCAACUCCUCCGAGCCCCCAACACCCCGCUGCUGCAAGGUAUUGCUGACUACAGACCCAGGGAUGGAGAAGCCAUCGAGCUGAGGCUGGUUGGCUGGUAGACCCCAGGCUCACCACCCCAGCUGCCUCCCACACUUCCUGGGCUUCUGCACUCCCUUCAGACAUCCCUGUAACAGGCACACGCCUGACCCUGCUGCCUCCUCUUGUGCACUUGUCCCUGGAUCGCCACAGCCACCACCCCUGCGGGGGUCCUAAACCACCGCCCACCCUGGAGCAGGGAGCCCAGCACCUUCCCCGGCAGGUCUGUCUGCCCAGGUCUGGCCCCACCUGGCCCUGCAGGUGUCCCGUGAAGGCCACUCAUAGGCUGGAGAGUGUGAGCAUCUCAGACUCCUUGGCACGAGGAGGCCACCGGCCACUGGCGUUGUGAGUACCGCUUGCUCUAGGAUGGGGGUCCUGCAAGGAGAGCUCUGUGGCCUUGGCCCUAGCUUUCCACUCUUCACUCCAUUGGGGCUGCUGCCCCAGAGCCGACUGCGGCAUAGCAGUUGGCGAGGGCUCUGCAGGGCUGCUGUCAGCCCACCUCCAAAAUGAUUAAAGAAUUAACUUGGCACAUGC